AGUAAUGCCUUACUAAAAGAUUAUAAAAGAUGCUAAAGAAUUUUGAUAAUAAGAUGAGAUAAAAUGAAUAAAAUCACAAAGAGAGCUGUUAUAGAAGAAGAUGGAACAUGAAAGAAUAGAUUCAAACAGAAUUAGGAAAAUACCAAAUUAUGGAUAUUUUGAUUAAUGGAGAUAUUCCAAUAUAAAAUGUAAGGAACAUAAAAACAUAUGGUUUAUUUAGAUAAUAUGUAAUAGAAUAUCUGAUAACAUGGGCAUCAAAAGGAUAAAAAUGGGCUAAAAUUCUUGAUAAGAUAAAUAAUUGGGCACUGCCAUUAUCAAAUUUGGUAAGAGGUGCAGCCAAUAUGAACUAGGAUAUGAGGUAUGUGUCGAACAAGAUCAGAGAAAUGGUGAAGAGCGAGCUUAGAUUAUCCAAAAUUAUAUAAAUAUUAUCAAGGUAACAAAAAUGUAACAACAUUCGAUUGCCAUGCCAGUUCAAGAAAAGGCCAUACAGCGUUAACCUUUAUAUUAAGAAAACUAACAUUUUGAUAAAUUUAAAGGAAUAGAACGAUGGAAAAAUAAUACUUUAUUAAAAUGAAAACAAGUUUAUUUUUAGAGAGAUAAAUUUAUGAUU